AUGCCCACAGACCCCCACUCCACCGUCGACAAGCUCGGCAUCCCCAUCCCAGGCAUCCAGGAUCAUGCGCUCAUUGGAAACUUGCGGACUGCAGCGCUGGUCAGCACAAAUGGCUCUAUCGAGUCUAUGUGUAUCCCGUACUUUGACUCUCCCAGUGUUUUCGCAAGAAUCGUCGAUGCCAACAAGGGCGGACAUUUCUGCAUCACCCCUACCUUUGAUUUCAAGCCCAAACAAGCCUAUGCCCCCAACUCGAAUGUGCUAGUCACCAAGUUUCUCAGCGAACAGGGCGUCGGCGUGAUGACCGACUUCCUCGUACCCAAGGGAGCAUCCCAGUCUUCGCAAAAGCCUCACCUGCCUUGGCUCAUCAGGAAGGUGGAGAGUAUCCGCGGCAAGGUGCCCUUCAGAAUGGAGUGUUCACCCGCCUUCAACUACUGUCGAGACAAGCAUACCACUACUAUGGUUCCAGACGACUCUUCCGCGUCCCUCGCGACCCAGCCUACAAAAGCGCUCUUUACCUCGCCCAACCUGGUGCUCGACCUUCGAACCAUCGCUUGGUCUUCCGACUCGUGCGUUUCGGAUCCCGAAGUCACUUUCAACAUCGAAGACUUUCAAGAGUCUCGCGGCCUCCUCGGGCCUUCCGUCACUUCCAAUUUCGAGCUCGAGGAAGGACAGACUGUCGUUUUUGUGCUGAGAGAAGUGGGGGACUACAAGUAUGAGAGUGAGAAGCAUGAGGAGAUUGCGAAUCCGAGAUCGAUGAGGCAGAAGGAUUUCGGGCUGCCAUUGGACCAGAUGCUGGAAGCUACCAACAAGCUGAGACACAAGGAGAACCCGGUUCUGACCAGGUCUCUCGUAGAAUCCCUUCUCAAAAACACCAACACGUAUUGGCGAAGAUGGAUUGGAAAAAAUCAGUACCGAGGCCGUUGGAGCGAAGAGCUCCUCCGUUCCGCCCUCGUCCUCAAGAUGCUCGUCUUCGAGGAGACCGGCGCCAUCGUCGCAGCCCCCACGUUCUCCCUCCCCGAACACAUCGGCGGCGUCCGUAACUGGGAUUAUCGCUUCACCUGGGUCCGCGACUCAUCCUUCACGCUCUACGCCCUCAUCCGUAUGGGCUUUACGGAAGAGGCAAAUGCAUUUGUCGAGUUUAUCUUGAACAGGCUGAAAGAGCGAAACUCGGAUGGGUCUUUGCAAAUCGUGUAUACAAUCCACGGAGGUAAAGACCUUGAAGAAAUCGAGCUCUCGCAUCUGGAAGGGCACAAGGGCUCCAAGCCUGUGCGUAUUGGGAAUGGCGCCGCCGACCAUCUCCAACUCGAUAUCUAUGGCGAAUUGAUGGAUUGUAUCUACCUCGCGCAGAAGCAUAGUAAACCUCUUGCAAGUCUUAUACAGGAAGGAGAAGGGAGCUGGGACUCUUGGGUCGCAAUCAGACAAGUCGUGGAUUACGUUUGCACCCAAACGGAAGUCGAGGACCUCUCCAUCUGGGAAGUUCGUGGGAAGAGGAAGAAUUUCCUCUACUCAAAAGUCAUGAUGUGGGUCGCUAUCGACCGCGGUAUCCGUCUUGCCGAUAAACGCUGUUUGCCUUGUCCUCAACGACAAAAGUGGAUGGACACGAGAGACAAGUUGUAUGAGGAUGUGCAGAACAAGGGAUGGAACCCGGAGAAGAAGUUCUAUGCACAGAGCUUUGAGGAUCUGGACGCUUUAGAUUCUUCUGUCUUGAUAAUGCCUCUGGUGUUUUUCACUUCUGCCGCCGAUCCUCGCUUCACCAGCACCCUGGAUGCCAUCCUCAAAACACCCGAGAAAGGCGGUCUCACAGCCAACUCUUCCGUCUAUCGCUAUAACACUGCACUUUCCGACGACGGUGUUGGCGGCGAGGAAGGGGCUUUCUCGUUGUGCACGCUAUGGUGCGUGGAGGCCUUGACGAGAGCGGGUGUCUAUAACGAAAAGUACUUGGACAUCGCGGUGAAUAUGUUCAUGGACUUUUUGGGGUAUGGUAAUCAUAUCGGGCUCUACUCUGAGGAGAUCAGCGCAGGCGGUGAAGGCUUGGGGAACACACCUCAAGCAUUCUCACAUGUCACUCUGAUUUCAGCGGCUUUCAACUUGAACAGAGCACUCAGUGGAGCUGGCGUGGAUUAA